GGGCAUCGAACAACACACGGCCCACAGCCCCAGAUGUUGAUGAUGAGAAUGCACCCCCCACGAAUUCGCUUUUCGAAGGUAUGGGGACGCCAGAUCCCAAAAAAUCGUACAGAUCUUCCAUCAUCGGAGGGUUCCAUCCCUCGACCCCAUCAUCACCAUUGCCUCAGACGCUUACGCCUUCUACUCCUGCGACCUCGUCUUCGAGAGCUGCCACGACCGUCAUCGUUUUCGGGUUUCCUCCUGAGUUAAAAUCCGAAAUUAUACACUACUUCGCCUCCUUGGGUGACAUAAUAUCUGUAGAUCCUCCAAGGGAUGCUCCUCAGCUGCAGAACUGGGUAACCAUCUCCUACAGGAAUAGUUUUGAUGCAACACGAGCAGUGAGGAAAAGUGGGGAAGUGUUCAAUGCUGCCGGCAAUGGUUGGAUGAUUGGUGUGAAGUGGGCAGACUCGCCCACCUACACUGAAAGCGUUCCCUCGUCAUCAGCCGAGAUCCCUUCUCGUCCCUCGGUCAAUGGCGUCAACUCAAAUAUUGGUACUCCUGUAGUUCUAGCACCUUCAUCCUCGGCGUUCAGGAGCUUCCCGGUUGGUGCAUCCACUUCCAGGGAUUCAGGCUGGGACUUGGCGCUUAAAGAGGCAGGCAAGAAACAGGAUCCAGCCAAUGGUGGUAACGGCAUUGUUUCAAAAAUUUCAGAGCUUAUAUUCGGCUGGUAGCCUACCUACUACCCCUGACGUUCCUUCAUCUCGAUCCCCACCGUCAUGUAAAUCCACACUACUUAGUUUCGGGUAUAGGAGUGACAUUGCAUGGACGUGACCG